AUGUCGUUCGAGGAGGAAGAAGAGGAAGAGACAUUCGAGCACACACUUCUCGUGGUGCGUGAGGUCAACGUCUACAAGAUCCCGCCGCGAACCACAUCCGGGGGAUACAAGUGCGGUGAAUGGCUUCAGUCCGAUAAGAUCUGGUCUGGGCGACUCCGCGUUGUAUCCUGCAAGGAUCGAUGCGAGAUCCGGCUCGAGGAUUCGAACUCCGGCGAUCUGUUUGCAGCUUGUUUCGUGGAUCCCGGCCGGAGAGAGAACUCCGUCGAGCCGUCUCUCGAUUCGUCUAGGUACUUCGUUCUGAGGAUCGACGACGGGCGUGGGAAGUAUGCGUUUAUCGGGCUAGGAUUCGCUGAGAGGAACGAGGCGUUUGAUUUCAAUGUCGCCUUGUCGGAUCACGACAAGUACGUGAGGAGGGAGAAAGAGAAGGAGACUGGGGAAACGAGUGAGAGCGACAAUCAUAUCGAUAUCCAUCCCGCCGUCAAUCACAGAUUGAAGGAAGGUGAAACCAUAAGAAUCAACGUGAAGCCGAAACCAGCAACAAAUGGCACCGGGAUGCUCUCGGCUGCUCUUUCAGGAAAUGGGAAGCCUAAACCUUUAGCACUUGCUCCACCACCAAGUGCUGCUGUAAAAACCAGGUCUCCUUUACCGCCUCCUCCAAAUGAUCCCGCCACUUCAAGGAUUGCAUCUGAUGGUUACAAGGAAUCAACCGAUGACACAAGACGCAGGAACGAUCCUCUAUCUGAUUUAACUCAGCUCAAGAAGAAUCUCCCUUCAACAACGGGAUCAGGAUCGGCCAAGUCAACAGGAGCUGCGUCAGGUUGGGCAGCUUUCUGA